AUGAUUAUUCUAAUUUAUUACUACCUUUCCACAGCCAUUUCGUGUAAUUGGAUGAAUUGUGAAGUGAGAGAGUUUUGUCAAUUUAUGGAUUAUGCAGAGGAGAGAAUUAUACCCCAAUUCUUUCGUUGUGCAAACCAUAUUUAUCAAGAGGUGAGGAAAGGUGCCGAAGUGGAACCAUUCGAAUGUGGAAUUGAUAAUUUGGAGAAUUGGCAAAAAGUUGUUUUACAUUUUAUUGUAAAGGUGCAUGCUGAAGUUUUAAAGUGUAGAAAACCAAUUUCACAUGUCGGAUUUACUGAAUUUCCACCAUGUUUUCUAUUGUUAACGGUUUCUAAUUACUUUUUGGAAAGAAAGAAUCAAUUGUUGAAAGAAAAUCCUGAAAGUUAUUUAUCAGGAGCAAAUAGUUGGUUAUUGACCGAUCUCUUUUAUUAUUGGAAUCAAUUUAUUGAAUAUAUAACAACACCUACAGAGGAUGAUUAUGAACUUAAGGCUAAAAACUAUUACAAAAAUCAGGCUUUCGGUCUUUUACUGGCACGAUAUUUCAUUUUUUGUCUCUAUAACUUUGCUGAGGCUAGUUCUACAAAGAAGAAGACAAAUGUUACAAAAAAAUUAUUCACAUUACUUGGAAAAUUGUUUCACUUGUCAAUUAAUUUUGCAAAAUGCAUUCUAGAUAUGAUGGAGAAUGAUUUGGCACAAAUCAAGAACACCAAAGAUGAUUCUACCAUUAUAUCUGAAAAUUUAUUUCCAAGAAUUAGAAAUAAUUAUGGAAAGACUGUUUGGGUAAUCAAACACAAAAUAUUACGAAUGAUUAGUAAUAUAUUGAACUAUGAUUGUAAACAAGAUCCUUCUGCCUUUAAAAACAAAUCUUACGUAGCAGCUCUCUUUAAGGAUUUCAUAUUUGACACUUUGCAACAACAGAGUGAGUUGGAGAGUGGAGAUUUAUUGGCAAAAAGAUCUAUCAUAACAGCUCUCGACAGUAUUUCUCUAAUUGAUUUAUCUUCGAUUGAAACUCAAAAUGUUAAGAAUCAAGUCUCUGCAAUUAUUCAAAUUUGUAAGAAAUUACUCUCCUCUGAGAAUAGGGAUAUAAGAUUAGUCACCAAGAAGGCCCUUGGUCUUUUCUUUUCAAAAACUAAUUAUUAUUCUGAUGAUUUACUUGAUUGUAUCAUUAAAUCUCAUGAAUUGAGUAGUAAUGAUAUCACAGAUUAUUGUGCCUUGUUGAAAGGCAUUACUAACAGUCUGAAUAUUAGCAAAUCAGAAAUUAGUGAAUCAAUUUUGGAAGGUUUGAAAUUCAAGAUUAACAAUUUAUUCGAAACUGUGUGUGUGAAUGAAACGAUGGAAUAUUUAACAGUUGAAAACGAGGAAGAAAAAACAAACCUACAUAAGAAGAAUAUUAAUCAAUGCCUCCUCUUAAUCGGAAACGCAUUUCAAUUAAUUAAUGAUAAUGUACUAUGUGAGAAACUUCUUUCCUAUAUUAAGGAAAAGACAGAAGAAAUGUCAAGCUACAGCAUACAGGAACUGUUUAAUUCAAUGAUUGUGCCACUUACGGUGGUGUUGAUAGAAAUUUGCAGAUGGAUAGAAAGAAAAGCUCUACUUGAAGCUUUCAACAAACACUCCUAUUCAUUUCUUGCCAAUCUAAUACGAAUUCUCAUUAAGAUUGGAGAUCCAUUUGCAUACACACAAUAUCAUUCACUAUUCACAUUGCUUGGAACUUUGAGUGAAAUUGGAAUAUUACACACUCAUCUCUCCAUGGACAUGUUGACUAAUAAUUCUAUCAAUGAAGGAGGAAAGAAGGAUUUUAUCUAUGAUUACAUUUUGCCAAUAAUUAUUAAGGAGAUUGCUGAUAUGGAAGAUUUUGAAGAUGACAUGCUUUGGAUUCCUAAUAUAAUCGUGGAUAAAAUGUCGCAAGCUUUUUGGGCAUGUAAUAGGAUUAUUAGAAACGAUGUUGCUCUUAAUGGUGGUGAGAGAUCUCUUGUAAUUUUGAAUGAAUCAAUCAAUGCUAUGUUUGAAACAAUAGAAUGCUUUACUAACUUUAAACAAGGUUCAACUCAUAUUGACAAGUUAGACGAAUUAUAUGUUAACGCCUUUUCCACUUGUUUAAUAGACAGAAGAAAUAUGGCUGAACUAGCUCCAAAACUGGUGCAACAUUUGCAAAUUCUUUACCGAGUAAGCAUUAAUCAAAAACUAGAGAUGGAAAUAUUGGAAAUUGUGGAAUAUCUUAUAGACAAUCAAAUUAUUUCUCCUUGGGUAAAUGAAAUAUUAUGGGUAGAAGAACUUUAUGUCAAUGGAACAAGCUCUAUUGAAGAGGCUCUAUUAAACAGAGUAAAGAGAAAAAUUGGCAUAUUUGCAGAAGAUCACCAACAAACUUUCUAA